AUGCGCUAUGGCACUGCCUACCGCGCGCUCUAUACCCUUUAUGAAAUCACUUUCGCAGGAAACUGGCCCACUAACGUGCGACCUGUGCUGGAGAAGGUGAGCCAUGCCUAUGUGAUUUUCUUUCUCCUGUACGUGACGGUCAUUGUGUUCGCUGUCAUAAGCAAGUGGAAUAUCACCAAGGUGCUAGCGCCAGAACAGGUCAUUACUGCGAUCUUUUUGAAGGACACGCUCGAUGCUGCCCACAACGAUGCUGAGAAUCUGAUACUGGACAAGAUGCGGAAGAAGGCCGAGUAUGUUGGGAAGCUGGAAGCCGUGUUCCAAGCGAUCGACAAGUCGGGAGACGGCAUGAUCUCCGAAGAGAGGCUGACGGAGAUCCUCAGCAAUCCGAAGGUCGCAGCCUAUUUUCAAACGCUGGAGCUGGAUGUGCAUGAGAGCAGGGCUUUGUUCCACAUCUUGGAUAAUGGCCGCUCGGGCUUUUGGGGGCUCAGGCCCUGCUGA